CGAGAUUUCCUCGAUGGUGUCGCGCCACCUUGACAUCAUGAAGCAAGGCCAAUGAGCAGUGGCGACGGGGUGAAACCUGUGUGUACAGUGAUCCAGAACAUCAGCUGAACUCUGAGUUUUAGCUAUGUCAUUAAUAAUCUUAACAUCUGCGCACAGAUUACGGCCAAUCUGCAGAUUGCAGAGAAUACAAGGACACAUGAUGUCGAGUAAAGCUGGGUCUGAAGUUCUGUUUGAGAACGUUGGGAACGCUGGAGUCAUCACACUAAACAGACCCAAAGCUCUCAAUGCUCUGAAUCUCACCAUGAUCAGACACAUCUACCCUCAGCUCAAGAAAUGGGACAAAGACUCAGAAACAGAUCUAGUGAUCAUUAAAGGAGCAGGGGAGAAGGCAUUCUGUGCUGGUGGGGAUAUCAGAGCUGUCACAGAAGCCGGAAAAGCAGGCGAUUCUCUCGCUCAAGACUUCUUCCGUGAGGAAUAUAUUCUUAACAACACUAUUGGUACAUAUCAGAAACCAUAUGUGGCUCUAAUUGAUGGAAUUACAAUGGGAGGAGGUGUGGGUCUUUCAGUUCAUGGACGGUUUCGUGUGGCCACUGAGAAGACACUGUUUGCCAUGCCUGAGACGGGCAUUGGUUUGUUCCCUGAUGUUGGUGGUGGCUACUUCCUGCCUAGACGUCAAGGCAAACUAGGCCUCUUUCUUGCCCUGACCGGGUUCCGCCUCAAAGGGAGAGAUGUUCAGAGGAUCGGGUUGGCUACUCACUUUGUGCAGUCUGACAAGAUUGCAUCUCUUGAGAAGGAUCUUGUUGAUCUGAAGUCUCCAUCUAACAGUGAUGUGGCCCAACUGCUGGAUUCUUAUCAAGAACAGAGCAGUCUGGAUGCUGAGAAACCUUUCGUACUGCAAGAACAGACAGAGGCCAUUGACAGGCUCUUUUCAGCUGGAAGUGUGGAGGAGAUCAUGGAAAACCUUAAGAAAGAUGGCUCUGCUUUUGCUCUCAAACAGACUGAGACUCUGUCCAAAAUGUCCCCAACCUCUCUGAAGUUAACUUUCCGGCAGAUUCAGGAAGGAGCGAGAAUGAGUUUGCAGGAGGUUUUGGUGAUGGAGUAUAGACUCAGUCAGGCCUGUAUGAGAGGCCACGAUUUUUAUGAGGGAGUCAGAGCAGUGCUAAUCGAUAAAGACCAGAGUCCAAAGUGGAAACCUUCUACCCUGUCUGAGGUCUCAGAGCAGGCUAUAGAAGAAUGUUUCAGCUCUCUGGGUGAAAGAGAUCUCAAACUAUAGAAAUUCCCCUCAAGAAUCCUAACCCAACUGCUGCGCUCUAUUUAUCUGAAGAUCGUUAAAGGGAAUAUGGCUACCUGACAACAUGGCACAAGACCCAGAAGUGCCAAUAUCACAUCAAUAAAAAGCAUUGGUGAGCCGCUGUUAAAACACUACCAGAAGAGUAAUUGUGCUUGUAUUAACAAUCAUUAAGGACAUUGGCAUGUUUGGUCCCCUGUCUGAAUUGUGUCUCCUUGGGUUUGGCAGUCUGGUAGCACUAAGUUUGUUUUUAUAACACUUUGGCCUUUAAGAAUUGCAUAUUUGAGCUGCACAGAAGAAAAUCUUCAAUAAACAAAAUUAUUUAAUGGCUGAAUGCACAAAGUUUGGGAAUCCUCUUUUGAAUGUAUUUUCUCAUUGCAUCAUAAGGAUGCAGGAUGAUUAAGAUCUUCUGUAAUCUUUAAAUUUAAGAAUCCAUGUAUCAUGUACAAACAACAUAUGGCCAUAGUGACCACAAGGUUGUCUGUACCAGGAAUUCCAGUCAACAGGGCUGUCAUGUCAAAAAAAGGUUAGCAAUGAAGUAAUGUACACUUAUUGAUCCCUAGAAUCCAACACUAGAGAAACCGUGACCCCUGAGUGGACGUUCUCUAAAUAUGCGGUCACAUUUCCCGUUAUUCAAUUAAUUUUCACAGGAAAAAUACAAUAAUUUCAAUAGGAAUCAAUGUGAUCAGGAAUUUUGCACAAGGGCGAAAGAUUUCCCCCACAGAUUUUGCAAUAGGUUUGAGUUAGUCGCUUGAAUUUCUCAAGUGUUCACCAACAAAGAUUCUUGGUUUGAAAAUCGUUGCUACACUACUGCCAAUGGACCUUUUUUGCCAGUGAAAUUUCACUAAUGUGACCAAGAACGAUGGAUGGAUGGAAAAUAAAAUAAGGUACUGUCUGAUGUGCUGAGCCACAUGAACAUGAAAAUACUAAAGGCAAAAAGAUGGAGUCUAUACUAAACAUGGUUGGGAUGAUUGUGGCCUUUGGACAAUUGCAGAGACUAAUUAAACGACUGGACUUUGAGGGUAAACAAGAGACAUAAAAAGAUGCAGUCUUGUGAUUUAACAGCUUCAUGGCCCUUUGUUAAGAAAACAGGCCCCUAAAUUAAGACUUUUAAUGUGUAAAAACAAAAAAAUGGUUGAAUAUAUCAUGUGAAUCCUUAUGGGUAUAAAAAGAACAACUUCCUAAAAUGACAUGAUCCUCCACUAGCCUGAAUUUGUUCAUCUGAAAGCUCUCCUUUACAUAAAGGAGAGCCAGACCAAUUCAAUCUUAUUCCAUCUGGCUGAAACGUUAU